UGAAUCCCCUUUACUAUCAGCAGAACCUGAUUGCAGGAACAAAAUAGUAUAAAUUGUUAUGCUACCUGCUUAAAGGCACAGAGGGCUGAGUGAACAGCUUUCUCAACUCAUAGGACAGGUAAAAGUAGCUGUUUCUGGAAGGAUAUUCUUGAAUAAUAAAUGGGGGAUCAAAAGUAUUGUGGCAGGAGAUUAGACAUAUGCGGGGUCUUGCCGUAGGCUAACAUAUUAUUAUUAUUAGUGAAAGUAAAGCGGACAAUCUAGAGAUCGGACUAGAUCAACUCUUUGGAUCAAGAUAGCAUGCAUGUUAUUAAAGAUGGGAAGCCAACAACAACAUCUGAGUAUUUGAUCUUAAUAUGGGAAUAGGAUGUGUAGCCCGGACAGCUGCGUAAGAGGAACAUUAUGCCUUAGGUGAAAAGAAGAACGAAAAUGAUCCAACCUGGAGUCACGUUCAAACAACCGAAAGUGUUCUGUGUUUCGAAAGCAAGCGUGUGUGUUAUGUAUCACCUGUUUUUUUAAUAAUCCUAUGGAACUAACGGUUUUCGUCUGGAUCCUUCACCAUGUCAAAAGUAAUUCAGAAGAAAAACCACUGGAUCACCAAAGUUACCGAGUGCGCUGUGAGUCGGGAUGCUCGCGGGGAGCUGAAUGUGGAGCUGCGCGGCGGUGCGGAGAAUGGAGAGUUUCCAUACAUCGGGGAAGUUAGAGAGGAUGUUUUGGUUUAUAAAAACGGACAACUGUCUGAGGGGGAGUUACUGCUGGAAGUUGGGGGUUUGUCGGUGUCUGGAUUGCCACUCUAUGACGUCUUGAUUGCGAUGAAUCGUUGCAAGGGUCCCGUCAGGUUGAAAACUGUCCGACAAGGUAACAAGCUGAACAAGGACUUGAAGCUCUACCUGAGCCUGAGGUUUCAGAAGUCCUCCCCCGACCAUGAGCUCCAACAGACCAUCAGAGCUAACCUCUACCACCAUGCUAUGCCUUGUACGACACGCCCCCCUCGAGACGGGGAGGUCCCCGGGGUUGAUUACAACUUCCUGUCUGUGGAGGACUUCUUGAACCUUGAGCAGAGUGGAACACUACUGGAAAUAGGAACGUUUGAAGGUAACUAUUAUGGGACGCCUAAGCCGCCGAGGCAGCCCGUGGUUGGGACAGUGAUUCUCAGUGAUGCUGUGCUCCUCAACGGCCCUCCAGGCUCCCAGCAGUCCACUCCCAAGCGCACCAAGUCCUACAAUGACAUGCAAAACGCCCAAGUAGUACCUGCUGACUACGAGGAUGACGACCAGGCCACAGAAAUGAACAACAGUUUUACAGGAUCCUUAGUUCGUAGUCUCUUCCCCUCUCCCUUGUUGUGCACAGGUAACCCUAGCGACCAGGACGAGAGCUGCGGUGGUGUUCUACGGCCGUACCCCGCGCGCGAGAACGCUCCGUCCUAUGGUCUGAACAACGUGGCCGCAUCCACCUCGGACAGCGGGCAGCAGACACACGCCCAGCCCCAGGCCUCCCCAGAAGAUCCCCUAGGACCCCUGCCAGGCAACUGGGAGAUGGCCUACACCGAGAACGGAGAAGUCUACUUCAUAGACCACAACACAAAGACCACAUCGUGGAUCGACCCUCGCUGUCUGGAGAAACCUCUAAAACCUCUGGAAGAGUGUGAGGAUGAUGAAGAAGGGGUACAUACGGAGGAACCGGACAAUGAGCUAGAGCUGCCUGCUGGAUGGGAGAAGAUAGAUGACCCAGUGUAUGGGGUUUACUACGUAGAUCACAUCAACAGGAAGACCCAGUAUGAGAACCCCAUAGUGGAGGCUAAACGCAGGAUGCAGCUGGAGCAGCAGCAGCCGCAGCCUCCUGAAGGUGAGCGGUACAUUCGAGAGUGGAUAGAGGAACACUCCUCAGCUGGUGCUCCCCUGGCCGUCUAUGCCAGUAACCACCUGGAGACAUACCGUGACCCCCAGGACCCGCCCCCACUGCCCCCUCCCCCAGGAGGGACCAAACGAGGGAAGCCGUUCUUCACACGGAACCCAGCAGAACUGAACGGAACCUUCAUCAACACCAAACUGAAGAAGAGCCGCCGUGGGUUCGGCUUUACCGUCGUCGGGGGCGACGAGCCGGAUGAGUUCCUCCAGAUCAAGAGUCUUGUCCUGGACGGUCCUGCUGCUGUGGAUGGGAAGAUGGAGACAGGUGAUGUCAUAGUGAGUGUGAAUGACAUCAUCGUGCUUGGCUACACCCACGCCCAGGUGGUGAAGAUCUUCCAGUCCAUCCCGAUCGGCUCCAUGGUGGACCUGGCCCUCUGCCGCGGCUACCCCCUGCCCUUUGACCCCGACGACCCCAACACCAGCCUGGUGACCUCUGUGGCCAUCCUGGACAAGGAGCCCAUCAUCGUCAAUGGCCAGCAGAGCUAUGACUCCCCGUCCAGCCACGGCAGCCAGACCGGAGGCCCCGUUAACGGGAUGAGGGAGCCGCGGGCCCUCAGCCCCUCGGCGGAGGUGGCGUCGAACGGCUCACACGGCUACUCCUCCAGCGAUGUGGUCACCCUGGCGUCGUCCAUCGCCGGGCAGCCCGAGCUGAUCACGGUGCACAUGGAGAAGGGCGAUAAGGGCUUUGGGUUCACAAUCGCUGACAGCUUGACGGGUGGGGGUCAGAGGGUGAAGCAGAUUGUGGACUACCCCCGCUGCAGGGGCCUGAAGGAGUCAGACAUUCUGAUGGAGGUGAACAAGAGGAACGUCCAGAACAUGACUCACAACCAGGUGGUGGACCUGCUCAGCAAGUGUCCCAGAGGCAGCGAGGUCACCAUGCUGGUGCAGAGAGGAGUGGUGCCAGCCAAGAGGAGCCCCAAGCUGGUGCAGCAGCUGGAGAGGAAGGACAGUCAGAGCAGCUCCCAGCACAGUGUGUGCAGCCAUCGCAGCACCCACACAGACUCUCCCAGCCACCCCUCCUCCAACAUGCCCAGUGAGGCCGUAGGCCCCCCAACGGCCGCCCCCACUCAGCUGCUGCCUGGCCUGCCUCCCCUGCCCACCCAGGACCCUGGAGAUGGUACCAUGACCCUCCAGAAGAAGCCAGACCCCUUCAAGAUCUGGGCCCAGUCCAGGAGCAUGUAUGAGAGCAGACAGCCAGAUUGCCAGGAGCAGGAGAUCUUCCUGUGGCGGAAGGAUACAGGUUUUGGGUUCCGCAUCCUGGGAGGAAAUGAGGCCGGAGAGCCGAUCUACAUUGGGCACAUAGUGAAGUAUGGAGCAGCAGAUGAGGACGGGCGUCUGCGUUCGGGGGAUGAGCUCAUCUGUGUGGAUGGCACGGCGGUGGUGGGCAAGUCUCACCAGCUGGUGGUGCAGCUGAUGCAGCAGGCCGCCAAGCAGGGCCACGUCAACCUCACUGUCCGACGCAAAAGCUCAGGAUACGGAGUGGGUAAAGGGGAGGGUGAUGUGCCCCCAUCCCCGGCCUCGUCGCACCACAGCAGCACCCAGGCCCCCUCCCUGACCGAGGGCAAGCGAACCCCCCAGGGCAGCCAGAACUCCCUCAACACAGUCAGCUCCGGCAGUGGCUCCACCAGUGGGAUCGGCAGUGGGGGAGGAGGGGGCUCCGGCAGUGCUGUGGUCCCCGCAGCCCUGCAACCAUAUGACAUGGAGAUCCAACGCGGAGAGAACGAGGGCUUCGGAUUCGUCAUUGUGUCGUCGGUCUCCAGGCCUGAUGCUGGGACUACUUUGGCUGGAAAUGCAUGUGUGGCCAUGCCCCACAAAAUAGGGCGCAUCAUUGAGGGGAGCCCUGCGGACCGCUGUGGGAAACUGAAGGUGGGCGACCGCAUCCUGUCCGUCAACGGCUGCUCCAUCACCAACAAGUCCCACUCGGACAUCGUCAACCUGAUCAAGGAGGCCGGGAACACCGUCUCUCUGAGGAUCAUUCCGGGUGACGAGUCCUCCAACGCGUCUCUGUUGACCAAUGCUGAGAAGAUUGCCACCAUCACCACCACGCACACACCCCAAACUGCCACAGAGUCUCGGAAUAACUCAAAGUUGAAACAGGCUCCUCCUCCACCUCCUCCAACACAAGCUCUGCCCUCACAGGAUGCAGAGUUCUACUCUGUGGAUCUGGAGCGGGACAGUAAAGGCUUUGGGUUCAGCCUGAGAGGAGGACGGGAGUACAACAUGGACCUUUAUGUGUUGAGGCUGGCUGAGGACGGGGCGGCUGUCAGGAAUGGCAAGAUGAGGGUGGGAGAUGAGAUCCUGGAGAUCAACAGCGAGAGCACAAAGAACAUGAAGCACGCACGCGCCAUCGAGCUGAUCAAGAAUGGUGGCCGGAGGGCACGCCUGGUCCUCAAGAGGGGCGAUGGAUCUGUUCCUGAAUAUGCGAUGAUGGCUCCUCAUCUCGCUGUUGGUACUAUGAGAAAUGACAAGAUGGGAGAGCCCUGUUUCUACUUAAUGGGCCAAAAUCAGACCACGACGCCAGCCAUGACGGGCACUCUCCCACACCCGGGGCACAAGACUCUCCGCAAGUGAGAACCCUGCCACCAAACAGCCGAUAUCACACCUCAUCGGAGUCCAGUUAUCCACCAGACCUUCACAAACCAUCACGCCAUGAGGAUGCUGGACAGGGUCGAGACAGGGACAGGAUGGAGCACUCGGGCCGGCACUUUAACCACCACCACCAUCACACCUGGAACAACAACCACACCAACUCCAGACAACACUCCCCGGACAACAGCACCAGCGGCGGGAACAACAAGAAGAGUCUUGGCCGCAAAUUCAAGAAGUCUGACUCGGAGAGCGGCAUCUCGAAACUCUUAAAGACUCUGCGCAAGGACAGCUCUGGGAAGAAGGCUGCAGCUGCAGCGGCGGAGAAAGAACGAGAGCGCUCCGCUAGUAGCAGUACUCUGGACCAGAGAUAUGGUCGAUCACGCCGCGGCUCCCUCGACCGCUCGCCCACCCGUAAACGCAACACUUCCCCUGACCGACGGCGGGCCAAGUCCAUGGACCGCAGGGCAGAGCGAGCACACCGGGACUGCACACCUGAGAGGGAGUAUGAUGACGGAGGGUUUCUCAGUCAUGCAGCCACUCCUGAACGACCACUCUAUGACCGUAGGCUCCUGAGGGAACCACAGACCCCAGGCAGAGCCUACAUGGAGGCCACCACCCCAGAACGCCCCAACAACGGGGCCUCCUCCCUGUCUCUCUCCAGGGACCGCACGACUGACAUGAAGGCCACCACCCCAGAACGCCCCAACAAUGGGGCCUCCUCCCUGUCUCGCUCCAGGGGCCGUACGCCCGACAGAGGCAGCCUGAAGAAUGGCAACCUCCUGAGGGACUCGUCGGCCGAGACGAGGGAUGAGAGCUACGGGAUAAACGGAACACCAGAGAGACGCUACAGGUCAGAGAGAGACUCAUCUCCAAACAGCAGCUCCAGCAGGGAGGAGCUGAACUACGCUGCAGCGCCUGCUCCCAGACUGAAGGAUUACUACAGCACACUGAAGAACAACUCCUCCGCUCACCACAACGCCAGCUACAACAAUGCAGGACUUAGCAACAAGGCAGGACAACACCACAACAACGCAGUAGGCCGUGCCCCGAACCAGUUCCCAGAGCCUAAGAGAAGGUUUUACAAAGAGAGCCCCAAGGACCUCAGCAUCUGAGUGGACAGAGCCUGGCUUCUCAGCCCUUGAUCUGUAGAGACUACAGUAAAUACACUGGACUUAGACCUCUGAGGAGAUUGACUCAUGUGAUUUAUCUGAUUGCUUGACUAAUUUGACUACUUGUGAUCCCAGACAGAGAUUCAUACCACAGCAGGAGUACAAUCUUUGUUUUAGUUCUUACUGUACGUUUCUGUUCUCGUUAUUUUGAGCAUAACUGAGGUUGUUAAUACUGUAGUGAAGUUAUGUGUAUGUGCCUAUCAAAUUACAAAUGGUGAUUUAGCUUUUUUAUAGGCGUCUCUGACUCCACAUGUGUUCCCUCUGAGGUUUCGAACAUGCUCCUUACUGUGCUAACAGGUACUUCAUGAUGAGCUUGUUUUAACAUGUUUUUAGAUGUUGUUUUCCACCCCAGAAUUGCUUUAUAAAGCAAACUAUAGCACAAGACGUUGGCAGUACAGGCAUUUUAUGGACGACUGCAGUGAAAACCUUAGUGAAUAUCAUACAGAACGAAGGCAAACAAACAUUUUAGAACCAAUGGUCAUUUUAGAAUGAAGUAAUAUAUUUCAAAUAAUACUUUUUGCAUUCGACUUGCUGUUUAUUUUCAAUUGGCACACACUAUGAGGAAGCUCAGUAAAAGGACCAAGUAAUACGCCGAUCACCUGAAAUUAAUAAUAAUUUUUACCCCUGCUGGAUUUGCUGUUUAAUCUAAGUUGGUAUGGCAUGCCCCCUUCCUUACCAAGCCCACAAACCCUCAAAAAUCAGAGAGGGGAAAGCAGACCAUCUAUUGAGAAAAACACCAGGUAUUGUUGAUAUUUCUCUCACAGAGCAGACAAGUCUAAAAACCCACCCGGAUCUGAGGCUGUUUGAGGUUUCUGUUUUUCAGUGUGUCUAAUGAUGAGCCAAGGAGGAAAACUAAAAAAAAUUAUCUCAGUAAGAGGUGUCUGGGUAGACUACCUGUGGUGGAAAUACAAUUGAACAAAGUUUUGUAUUCCUGUUCAGAGGACAGUAGAAGCAACACGUUACCUGACAGGAGCCUGUAACAUAAAACCUACUUCACAGUUAUAUGCAGCAUGGAGAGGUUGACCGAGAGGUCAAGUGGUUUUAAAGUAACCACAGUCCUAUAAUGACUUGAUCCUACAAAUGUAGGCUGCUUAUUUGAUCACACUGUUUCAGGAGAAUUUUCCCUUGAUCCUUGGCCCAUUGAUCCUAUGCAGGUGAUAUGGGAGUAUUUCUCAAGUCCCUCUCUUCCUCUCCCUGCCCAAGGAAAUUAGGUGAUGAUGUAAUAAUGUAAGGGACGUUGUUGCGAUGAUAACGGAUGGACCGUUCCAGUACAGAAGUGGGCCUAUCUGCCAGGCUGAGCCAUGCUGUCACACCACUGGAGUCUGACUGCUGCUUUGACCAUGUGUAUUCUCUGUUUUAUGUUUCACAAAAGGACUAAAAAGAUAUAGGAAAAUCCACAACAAAUGCAUUGUUUUAUCACUGUUGUUGCCAUGGUACUGUAAAAAAAACACAAAAAAAACAUUUAAAGACGUUAACCUGUUGGCCACCACCUGUACAGAAUGUCAAUAUGUAACCAAUAGGAACCCAUUGAGGACUAAAAUGUUGCCUUUUUCUUGUACAAAAGAGACAUUUAUGGGAAACCUCUUUAGUGAGGAAUGUGAUAGUGUUUAUAUUUCUGAAAUGGACCUGAUGAUUCAUGGGAAAUAUGUUAAUGUACUCUGAAUCAGGUAUGUAAAGACAUUCUAAAAAUGGACAACUUUAUUUGGUCAAUCAGAAGCUGUUUGUUGGUUUGAAUAUCUCUCGAUGGUUAGCCUGCCUUUGUAUUAUAAAGCACUUGUAUGCAGUCUGUGUUCUUUAAGCAUUAUUGUAAUGUGCUCCAGACAUAAUGCUAUCUCUGUGUUGAUAAAAGCAUUACAUGUAUAUGGGCCAAUCUUUUUUUAUAAAACACUAUGCAUAUAUAAAUACUACAUUGUUCAUAGCUUUAUUUAACCCAUGAAGCUAUAUAUAACAUUAGUCUAAGUACAAGUAGAUGUGGACUUAACCAGUAAAGCUUCUUUCCUUGAGAUGGAUCACAAUGUAUAUGUAGCUAUCAAAAAGAAGUCUGUGAAUGCUAUUUUUAUUAUCAAAUAAAGUUUUCCAUACAAAUUCAAAAA